UGAAACAGAAUCAUCCAGCACAUUUUCUAUGACUUUACCACUGCCUAACCAUCUAACCUUUUGUCUCUUUCUUCUUCUUCUUCUUCUUCUUCUUCUUCUUCUUUUUUUCCUUCUCUCACUCAACAAACAAUAAAAUUCAAUAAUCAAUCCAAAUUUCAAGAAUACCAACACAGCAUAUACUUAGAAUAUAUUGUACCAAAAAUUUUCCAAAGUCUUUCCUUCACCAAUAAUUCAAGCUACGCAGAAGAAAGAAGGCAGCAAGAAUGUCAAGCCAUAUUGAUCAAGAAAUCUUGACAGAGAUUCUCAAAAGAUUACCUGCAAAGUUUCUUGUGCAACUCAGGUGUGUAUCCAAAUCAUGGUACUCCUUAAUCACCAGCCCUUCUUUCAUUUCCAUACACUCUAAGUAUACCAUUGAUCACAACAGCACAAGAACUUCUUCUUCUUCUACUGCUAAAUUGAUGCUGAGGCAUUAUUCUUGGGCUCACAAGAAGGAGAUCUACACAGUAAAUAGCAGCAGCAUGAGCUCAUUUGAUCAGUAUCAAGAACUUGUUUUUCCCUUCAAGAGCUACUCUCAGUACUUUGAGAUUGUUGGUUCUUGUAAUGGGAUUCUUUGUCUUUCUGAUACUUAUCGUCUGAAUUCUCACACCAUCAUUUUAUGGAAUCCCACUAUUAGAAAAUCAAUUACUUUGCCACUGCCAUCCGUAUCUUUUGAUCAAAUCUAUAUGUUUGUUCUCGGAUUCGGAUGUGAUGAUAAGAGAAAUGAAUACAAAGUUGUGAGAAUUGUUUAUCGUGUAAUGGAUAACAAGUGUAGAGUUGAUAUUACCCCUCAAGUUGAAGUCUAUGAACUAAGCUUAGAUGCUUGGAGAAGCAUCAGAAUUGAUGCUGCUCCUCAGUAUGUAAUAUCUGAACUACCAGUGAGGGUUUUUCUCAAGGGUUCUGUACAUUGGAUUGGUUAUAUACCAAGUGAAGAAGAUAGCGAUUUUCGCGAUUUGAGCUUAGUAUUGUUCGAUAUGAACAAAGAAGUGUUCAGAGAAAUGAAGCUUCCAGGUGUAACUGGGUUGUCUGUGCUUGAUUUGUCCAUUUUUGGUUCUGGUAACUUGCUUUCUUUGAUACAAUACAAUCGCCAUACUCGCAGCCAGUGGAUUCAAUAUGGCAGCUGCUCCAUCUGGGUGAUGAAAGAUUAUGGAAAGGUAGAGUCUUGGACUAAGCAAUUCACAGUUGAUUUACAAGGAGGCGUUGGGAAGGCUCUAGGCCUAGGAAAUAAUGCUGAAAUGCUGCUGGUGAAGAGUAGCGGAGAGCUAGUUUCAUAUGAUAUUGAAAAUCAGAAAAUUAGUCAUCUGGGUAUCAAAGGCAUUGUGAGUUCCUUUCAUUUGGAAACUUAUUCUGAGACUCUGGUUUUGCUUGAUGGCAUCAAUGAGAUCUUAGGACACAAAAUUCCUGAAAAUUGCAGUGAUUCACAUUUGGAAGGUGCAUAUGAAAGAUGACCCUUCCAGAAUCCUUAGAAGAUCAGGUUUCUUGUGUUUUUAGUUAAUUUUUUUAUGUCAGUUACGCUAUUGUGGAACAAAAGAUUCAUGUUAUCAUAUAAAGGAUUAAGGUGGUUUGGUAUUUUUCUUGUU